AUGCUUCAACAUAUCGACUCAGUGCUUACAUAUGGGGGUCUCGUCGGGCUUGCCAGCGCGUCGGUAUACGCCGGGUCAUUGGGAUCGUACAAGGCGCCUAAACCAUUGAAAGUCAAGCUGCGAGUCGGCGAGGAUGAUAGCGAUGACGAUGAAGAAGAGUUAUCUGAGCGACUGGGCUCAUCCGAAGCGUUGAUUUUUCCGAUUCUUGGUAGCAUUAUGCUCGGUGGAUUAUAUCUUGCUUUCAAAUACUUGGGAGAGGAGUGGAUAAACAAGCUCUUAGGAUAUUAUUUCUGUGUAAUGGGCACUGGCUGCGUCUGGUCGUGCCUAUUGAGCAUCACGAAAUCAGUCCUUGGAUCCGCAAGAUAUAAAACCAUGCCCCAGUAUCGUAUCAAAUUUGGCUCCAAUAACAAACCGCUACUCAAAUUCCGCCUCCCAUCCCUUGUUCUCAUACCCAUCUCCGCGAUUCCCUCCCUCUUGUUCUUCCUUAGUGACCCCAAAUCAGCCAUCAUGACCGAUAUCCUCGCCCUCUCCUUUUCACAUACCACGUUGGGAACCAUGAAAAUCGACAGCCUCCAAACAGGAUGCAUCCUACUCAGCGGACUGUUUCUCUACGAUAUCUGGUGGGUAUUUGGAACAAAAGUCAUGGUCACGGUCGCCACAUCCCUCACGAUCCCGAUCAAACUCCUCUGGCCGCGCUCGAUCUUGACAAGUCUCUCUAUUCUUCCUCCUCCGGAAAAGGGGAGUUCGACUAUGCUUCUCGGGCUCGGAGACGUGGCCGUCCCUGGGCUCCUUGUUGCGCUCGCCUACCGGCUAGACAUGCACCUCCGCCGCAAGGGGAUGAUGAAAGCUUCCGACGGGGAAACGUAUUUCCGAGCGACGAUGAUAGGAUAUAUGACUGGACUGUCGAUGGCGUUUGCGGCUAUGCAUGUGUUCAAGGCUGCUCAACCUGCGCUGUUGUAUCUCAGUCCGACUUGUUGCCUGUCGUUCAUCUUCACGGCAUUGAAGCGAAAUGAAUGGAAGUAUGUGUGGGCUUGGGAGGAUGGGGCUGAAGAGGAAAAGGAGAGAAAGGAAUGGCUAGAAAAGCAAAAGCAAAAAGAGAACAAGUCGAGUUGA